ACAGCACAUCAACAGCCCCAAAACAUCAAAUAUCAACGAAUUUUAUCAAAAUUUCUUAUCGGUGAUGCUACUGCAGCUGUGCAAAUCACUGCUACUGCUGCUGCUGAGUGCCCCUAGGCUGCUGGCCGAGUCACCUAAAUGCUUCCAUUUCACCUGGAUCGGGCCCUACGAGAAUAAAACGCACAUUGUCUACGAGAGCUGCGACUUACGAGUUGGCGAAUUUAACGACAUACCCUGCGAGAUGCCAUUGGUUGCUACACUCAACGACACAGUACCAGACGUGAAGGCGAUGUGGACAAAUCCCAGCAUUGAUCGUGAUAAUUAUUUAUGCAACAUGACGCCCGGCUUCUCAUGCGUUAAAUACUCUUAUGUCUUUCGAGGCGGCAUACAAAACAUCACCUAUAUGUGUGCACGCGUCAAUAACACCAACGGCUGCUAUCGCCAGACCCAUGAGUCGGGCAUGCAGGUGGAGGCAUGUGUCUGCAACUCCAAACUAGGUCUGAUGCCCUGCAAUAGUGCGGCAAACGUGCAGCUCGACACGUUCUAUCACAAUUUGGGCUUGGCUGUUUGUUUGCUCAACACUUUGUUAUUGUUAAAUAAAUAUAAUAUAAUUUAAAAACUUG